AUGUACUUUUUAGAGAUAAUAUCAGUUUCACAAACCGAUGGGUAUUUUACCCACAAGAAGCAGACUUUGUUCCUGUCCUUAGUAAUUCUGGCUAUAGUGGUGAUGGUGUCGUUCAUGAUGGGGUAUAAAAUGUCAACGUCAAAAUUUCUACCAUCUGUCGCAUCGCAGUACCAGGACAAUAUUGAAACUAGCACAACUUCGUUACCCGACCCGCCUAUAUCAACAAUAAUUCCUCCGGUGAAGGGCUACAUUGUUUAUGAUUGUGAUGACCAACAUCCAGGACCAUGUGGGGGUUGGUCAGACCGUAUGGCUGGUAUAUACAGUUCCUAUGUCAUAUCCGUUUUACUUCGUAGGCAUUUUCUUAUAAGGUGCACAAGAUCUUUUAAUCUGUCCGAUUAUCUUGUUCCGAAUUUAUUUGACUGGAAAUAUAAUUCGUCUAUUCUAACAGGCAGAUCUUGGGACUAUCAGGAUUUCUUUAGCAAAACUCCAAAUGCUCUAAAGAAAGAUGAUUUAAGUAAUCUCAGAAGACUUUUCCCUCAUGAUGUCGAUUUUGUUCGUAUGAACUUGGACUACACUGAACGCUUUAGAUAUUUCCACGUUCUACCUAAUCUUAUUCCGUGGGUUUUAGAAUUACACUUUGCAGAUAUUUUCCUGAAUUUUUUCAACACUUUUUUUCAACCAACUCAAAGUAUUUCUCAAACAGUAAGCAAAUUCGUACAGAAUGAAAAACUACUGGCAUGCGCUCACAUAACUGUUGAUGUGAAGAAAAAGAUAAUCGGAAACGAAAGAUACGACAACAAGGAGCAACUGGACCUCAUCUGGAAUUUACUGAAGGUAAUGAUGGCAAGCAAUUACAGCAUCUUUGUAUCAACAAACUCUAAAGCCGUGAGAAAUACGGCAAAUACACUGUUCACAAACCUCCUCGAAGUGGAAGGACCAAUCCUGGAUAUAGAUAAGCCUGUAGGUGGAAGUGGGUUGGUCGAUGGUUCAAGAAAAGUAGUUACAGAGUUUUUAAUUCUCGCAAAAUGUGAUGUUUUAGUUUUAACGAAGAGUGGUUUCGGGAUAAUGGCGGCCUACCUUAAUAACAAGACUUCUGAUAUUUACUGUUUAACGACAAAUGACCUUGUGCCAUGCUCUCGAUAUACCAUAUAUAGUUUCUACCCCGAUGAAAUAUUUUCCCCCGUUUAG